UUCCUAUUCCCACUGAAAGCCUUUUUCUAACUCUCUAAGGUUGAAGACAUCUACUCUUGAAGCAGCACUCUGCUGAACAUAAAGCUCUCGGAUCUAGACACAAACAUACACAAACACACAAAAUUCACAGCGACUGCAUAAAAAAGUCCUCAUCUUAAUCUUCGAAGCUACAAGUAUGGCCAACAAAGGUCCAUCUUAUGGGCUAAGCCGGCAGGUGCAGGAUAAGAUUGAGCAGAAGUAUGAUACCGACCUGGAGGCACGUCUGGUGGAGUGGAUCAUGGCUCAGUGUGGCUCUGGAGUGGGACAACCAGAGGCAGGAAAACUGGGCUUCCAGGCCUGGCUCAAAGAUGGAUGUGUUUUGUGUGAGCUCAUCAACAGUCUCUGUAAAGACAAACCCGUAAAGAAGAUCCAGAGCUCCAGUAUGGCCUUCAAACAGAUGGAGCAGGUGUCUCAGUUCCUCAAAGCUGCUGAACAGUAUGGUGUCACUAAAACUGACAUGUUUCAGACGGUUGAUCUGUGGGAGGGAAAGGAUUUGGCUGCCGUGCAAAGGACACUGAUGGUUCUGGGCAGCGUCGCAGUUACAAAAGAUGACGGCAACUUCCGUGGAGAUCCCAACUGGUUUUUUAAGAAAGCUCAGGAAAACCGGAGGGAUUUUUCUGACAACCAGCUGAAAGAAGGGAAAAAUGUCAUCGGUCUGCAGAUGGGAUCCAACAAAGGAGCUUCGCAGGCAGGCAUGACAGGCUACGGCAGACCCCGACAGAUCAUGAACCCAUGAGCCCACCAAUCACAAGCGCACCCUAAUGUUCCAUUCAAAAUAUGAUUGUAAUAAUAACAUAAUAAAAUUAACACAAACAAUUUGGUACUAAAAUCAUUUUCAUGACCUUUCAGCCCUUACCGUAGCCUUUUAAAUGUACUUGGUGAAAUUGAGUGAAUUUGGUGUUCUUUGUUGCAGAACAACAUUUUCAGCAUAUUGUAAUGUAAAUAAUUAUGCUGUGUGCACAUUACAUCUAAUUUACUCUAUUUAAUUUCUUAAUACAUGUGCAUUAUUCCAAAUAAUGUUGGCUUCAGUUCAAAUCAAAACUUGCUCUGUUACUGAAACAACGUUCUGUUUUGGAUGCCAUUUUUCCCUAUCCAAUAAAUUCUCCAUGGAUAAAACAAA